UCUGAUAAUGUACCAACAAUUUAGCGUCAUUAUCGGUGUCAAGACCUUAGUUGUCAAGGAGAGCCUUGAACAGGCGCAAAAUUCGAUGAUUGUGAACGAGCAAUUGGCGCAGAUCGUCCAAGAGUUGAAGGGCUCCAACCCGGACUUGCAAAUCUAUGCCAUGUCGAACAUCAGUCGAGUACGUCGUAAGUCCGAGCUUGAACACACCACUAAAAGGAACAAGAUAAUUUUCAAGCCGUCAGAAUAUAAAUCUGCCUUGGUCACUGCUCAGCGCGGUUGUGGCGUCCAUGUUGGCAUGCAAAAGCCUGACUUGUACUUCUUUGAGCAUGCCACUGACCAGACCGGAUGCCGUCCCAAUCAAGUGGUCGUAGUCGAUGACCAGGCUAAAAAUAUCUGUGCCGCACAAUCCCCUGGAAUUUAUGGUCUUGUAGUCGACAAGGAUUUAAUUGGCAUCAUUUGUCAAACAUCGCGGAAUUUGUUCCAAGACCUGCUUGCAAGGGCUGAGGUGUACAAGAAAGCCAACGCUGGAACCAUCUGGCCGUCUACUGCUCAGGCCAAUGGCCACGGGAAGAACACAAAGCUCUCUACACAAGCCAAUGCCAACAGCGGUUUAUGGAACUAUUUCUACGAGGAUCCCCUUCUUACGGCCAAGGAGUUCCCCACCGACGCAGACACCGCAUCCAUGACUUACUUGUCUCUUCCGGAGAGCUAUUUCUCGAAACUGGCCGGCGUAAAUUUGGUUCUGGACAAAAUGGCAUUAAAACAGAACCCGGAUGGAAUUGUGCAGACUUACUUUUGCGACAAUAGACCCGAACAACCCCCGAAGUCUGCGUCAACAUACUUAGGGUUUUCUACCACUUCGGCCGCGGCGACGAUCCCUGAAUCAAGAAGACAGAAGACUUGGAGGUUCAAUGUCACAAGAACCGGCCCUAUCUCUAUGGAAAUCGGGUCUAUACUAUGCCCGAGGCCUUUCUCUACUUCAUGGCUCAGCUGUACAUGGAAUGUGGCGCGGAUGGGCUGA